AUGGCCGCAGGGAUUGGCCUUCUCUCCAUGACCCAGAUCCAAAAUUUGUCACAAUCCCAACACCAUCAAAAUCAACCAAACCCUAACUCCACUAGUCCCACCGGCAUGUGGAAUCCAAGGGAACAAAAUCAAGAUCAAGAAGAUGACUCUUGGGAAGUAAGAGCCUUUGCAGAAGACACAAGAAACAUCAUGGCCACCACUUGGCCCCCAAGGUCUUACUCCUGCACCUUCUGUAGAAGAGAGUUUCGCUCUGCUCAAGCUCUUGGUGGCCACAUGAACGUUCAUCGCCGUGACCGUGCUCGCCUCCACCACCACCACAGCCACCACCAUCACCAAGCUUCACCCAACAACCCCACUUCUUCUCUCUCUCAAGACCUUGUUGCAAAUGCUGGGUUGUGCCUCCUCUACCACUUGCCAAGCCCUAAUAGUGGUGCUCCUUUCUCCACUCUUGGCCACAGAACUGGCUUCAAUAAUGCAUGCGGUGAAUCACCCUCCCCUCUUCUCUCCGUCUCUUCUUACCCUCCAAAUAACUUGAUGAUGGUGGUGCCAACUUGUUCUCCUAAUUCCUUUGACUUCCCUGUGGCUCGUGCUUCAGGGAUCAAUGGGUUUUCCUCGUAUUCCCUCAGCUCUAGCAAAGUGGAAGAACAACAACCCACAACCUCUUCCACCAACCACGAGGAGCUUGAUCUAGAGCUACGCUUGGGAAGUAGAUCAACACCAACAUGA